GGUUGUCAAGCGGCGCUUCAGUUUCUCCGCCGGAGCCGAGUUGAGGAGAAAACGCAGGAAGAACCGCCCGACCUUUAAAACCAGCAGUGUUGUAGCCGACCGCCGCAACAAGAAGAUGCCGCUCGGGGACGAUUGCCAUGCCUGGAAAAAGAAGACCUCGGAUGUGAAGGAGAACUACGACUUCAAGGAGAUCUUGGGAACGGGAGCUUUCUCUGAGGUGGUCCUGGCAGAGGAGAAGAGGACCCAGAAACUGGUGGCCAUCAAAUGCAUCCCCAAGAAAGCCCUGGAGGGCAAGGAGAACAGCAUUGAGAAUGAGAUUGCCGUGCUGCACAAGAUCAAACAUGCCAACAUCGUUUCACUUGAAGACAUCUUUGAGAGUAAAUCCCACCUCUACCUAGUUAUGCAGCUGGUUUCUGGCGGGGAGCUGUUUGACCGCAUCAUAGAGAAGGGCUUCUACACGGAGAAGGACGCCAGUAAGCUCAUCCAACAGAUCCUGGAUGCAGUAAAAUACCUGCACGACAUGGGCAUCGUCCACCGCGACCUCAAGCCCGAGAACCUGCUGUACUACAGCAUGGACGAGGACUCCAAGAUCAUGAUCAGUGACUUCGGCCUGUCCAAGAUCGAGGCGUCCGGCAGCGUCAUGUCCACCGCGUGCGGGACUCCGGGAUACGUGGCCCCCGAGGUCCUGGCUCAGAAACCCUACAGUAAGGCCGUGGACUGCUGGUCUAUCGGAGUCAUUGCAUAUAUACUGUUGUGCGGCUACCCUCCGUUUUAUGACGAAAACGAUGCCAAACUGUUCGAGCAGAUCCUCAAGGCGGAAUACGAGUUUGACUCUCCGUACUGGGACGACAUCUCCGAUUCGGCCAAAGACUUCAUCGUACACCUGAUGGAGAAAGACCCAAGGAUCCGUUAUACCUGUGAACAGGCUCUGCAGCAUCCCUGGAUUGCUGGGGACACCGCCCUCGACAAGAACAUCCACGAAUCCGUCAGCGCUCAGAUCAAGAAGAAUUUCGCCAAAAGCAAGUGGAGACAAGCGUUCAACGCCACGGCGGUGGUGCGCCACAUGCGACGUCUCCAGCUCGGCACAAGUCACGAAGGGACCAGUGCCGCUCACCUGCUGCCCGAAGAGCCCGGCCAGGACGCAGAGUCCCCUUGUGAGGGUUGCUGUUCCCAGGGUGUGGAUGGCGGGGCGGAGCGAGACCCUCUAUCAAACAACCACACCUACCACUGUCAGCCCACCAGCCGGGUCUGAUCCCUGGCCCGCCGACCCAUCUGAUCUAUCCCAGUGAAUUUCCAAUUUUAACCCCUGGGUGGAACCAGAGGCAUCAACUCCCCCUCCCCCACGUCCGUUUAGGAAUACGGUGUCAUUCCCACCUCUGGCCUGCAGGGGGUGGUAAGCGUAUCCAGUCUUGGCAGGGGGAAGUAAUGUGAAUUAGAGAGAGAGAGAGAGAGAGAGACUUGAUGCUGCGGAUGCAUCCGAGGAGGUCUCUUCUUUUACAGACUGGGCUGAUGGUGGGGGAGAGACUGGAGAGAGUUACAGCAAACAGGAUGAAGAGGAAAUAUACCUCCCUCUUCCCCCAGAUGCAUCAUGGGUAUUGUUUGUGUAGGAGCAUGACAGCAUUUCUUCUUGGAAGGGGUUUUUCUUCUGUUCUUUUUUUUUUUUAAUGUCAUUGUUUGUCUUCAUUUCUAUGUUUAUAUCUCCCGUCCUCAUAAACCUGUUUCUCUGGACCUUGAGAAGUCCACUAACGCCAGCAGCAUGUUCUGGACAGUCCUCCCCAAACCUGCUUUUAAACAUUUUCUUUAAAAAAACAAAACGACAUGGCGUUAGAUGGCGUAGGCCUCCAUUUCUCGCAUCUUAGGCGCUUGAUAAGAAGAAGGGCCACUUCCCGGUGGCAGUACACGUUUUCAGUAAGCUAGGCUACGUUCGAGUCCAACCUUUACAUUUGUACUGUCAAGUGCAGGCAGAGCCGUGCGGCGCAUCGGCAAGUGGCGCUGCGAAGACAGCCAGGAGGGGAAACAUCUUCUUCUUUUGUUUUUCCGGAACGAACUCUCGCCCCAUCUGCUAUGUAGCCUUUUAUUUGUGGCGAUGAGGCGUUCGCGUUUUGUAGUUGGGCUUUCGAAACAGAGGCUUCCCCUUCUCUCUUCCUAAACCCUGAACCUCCUUAUAUACAUACUGCAUACAUAUAUACAUAUACAUAUAUGUGCG